ACAUUAACUGGGGCAGUAUACUAACGUUAGCUCGCUUUAUGCAAAACCUGUCGCUUCUGUUUCAGACAGCAGGUUAUGUAUUAUAUAACUUACCGAUCGGAACACAUAAAGUAAUUUAGUCUUUAUAUGUAAAACCACUUUUUUCAUCCCUCUCUCAAAAUGAUAGAUUGAUUAUGUCUGAAGAUUUGGCAUUGAUGCGUUAUGUCUGUAACGUACACAGCUCUGUGUGUACUGGCUUUUAAAACCUAGAGCACUGCCUUACUAGACUGUAUUUUUUGGACAUCAUUAGCAUGAACGGAACGCACAAACGCGCCUGUGAUGCUCGGUAAUGCUUAGUCUCAGAAAUGCCGUACGUAGAUCGUCAGAAUCGGAUCUGUGGCUUUCUAGACAUAGAGGAAGUGGAGAACAGCGGCAAGUUUUUACGUCGCUACUUCAUUCUGGACACACUGGAGGGCAGUCUGGUGUGGUACAUGGAUAACCCUCAGAAUCUUCCAGAAGGAACAUCCAAUGUCGGCUCACUCAAACUAACAUAUAUAUCCAAGGUUAGCGAUGCCACCAAAUUGCGUCCAAAGGCGGAGUUCUGCUUCGUCAUCAACGCUGGAAUGAGGAAGUUUUACUUGCAGGCCAAUGAUAAGCAAGAUUUAGUGGAGUGGGUCAGUGCACUCAACAACGCCACCAAAAUCACAGUGCCAAAGUCAGGAGAGCAAGUGGCUCAUAAUACAACAGAAGCUUGUGUGGACACAUCGGGUGCCAUGAAACAAGUGUCCUACAAGACUGAAAUUAUUGCAGGAGUGCCCAUCACCACCACCACACAGGAAAAGGGUGAGGAUCAGAAUGGUGCAGACAGGAGCGGGCAGAGAAAACCUCCCGGUCAGCUGCCGUAUUACUUGAGCCGGAGUAACCAAGACCAGUCAGUCAUUAAAGCUGGAUAUUGUGUCAAACAAGGAGGUGUGAUGAAAAACUGGAAAAGGAGAUACUUCAUGCUGGAUGACAAUACACUGAGCUACUUCAAAUCAGACAUGGAGCGGGAGCCAUUACGAGUUAUUCCUUUGAAAGAAGUCAACAGGGUGCAGGAGUGUAAACAAAGUGACUUAAUGAUGAGGGACAAUCUUUUUGAACUGGUUACUACCUCAAGAACUUUCUACUUUCAGUCGGACAGCCCAGAGGAGAUGCACGGCUGGAUCAAGGCUAUCUCUGGGGCCAUAGUGGCCCAACGGGGUCCUGGACGCUCAGCAGCCUCUGAGCCCGCUGAACGAACCUCCGUCUUCUACUCCAACGAACAGAGUCUCUCAACUCCUCGCUCACCCCUCCCCACCGAACUCCAUUACCCAGAAUGCCGUUCCCUCUCGGGCCCUCAGCAUGGCGUGGGAGGAGACAGACCUGAACAACCUGCGGCCGGGGCCACAAGCGCGCCUGUCGCUCCAGGAGUCGCCCCAAAUCUUCUUCAAGUAAAUGCUGACAACUCAUCGCCAUGGCAACCGAGAAGCGGCGUAAUGCAGCCUCCAGAUUGCCCAAAAGAUGAAGAGAUACAUGUUACCCAGGUGUAACAAUGUACUUAUUAUUUUACACACACAUAUUACAAGCUAUUAAUGUCAAAAUCAGGAAAGGGACUCUGGAAGAUUGUGAAUCGAGCCCAAUGCACCAUGGGAUUUGGAGUUUUCCCUGAUCAUUUUCAAGUCUCUUAAAGAACUGCACGCUAUGAAAUAGGUUCAUAAUCUAGAGAAUUCAUAAAGAAUGAAAAAAGUUGCUGAUACCAAUAACCUAUUAUUUUCCUGUUACAACCAAUAACCAAUAUUGUGGUUGAUAUUAUGAAUCUAUUGUUUUUAAAUCUAAAAUACCAUGUAAGCAAAGUGAAUUCAGUGAAAUCAGGCAUGAAAACACUCGAUGUACAGUAGAAAGUAUGGACAUUUACUUUUGCAAGACUAUAUGGUUUAAACUGGAAGAUAUAUUGUUUAAAUAAAAUAAGGUAUUUAUUUUUAUUUUAAAAAUAUACAUAAUAAAAUAGCUUAAUUAAUAUUAAGAUAUUAUUAAUAAACAAUUGUUUCCAGUAUUGACCUUAUCAGAUAGGGUCAUAAAUAAAUUUAAACAAAAUUAUGCUACUUAUUGCUGAUACCAGUAAGGCCACUAAUAAUCCUUGAACUCUGGUUUGAUUCAUUUUAAUUAAUCUGGUGCUUUUACAUCAUUUUUUGGGUGUACAGUUCAGACUUUUGUCCUAAAGUAACAUAUUCCUUCCUUAGAUGCCAUUGGGCCUUGGUGGUCUUGUUUUUAUUGGUAAUUGAAUUUCAUUUUCUUUGUUUGAAUGCUUAAUGUAUAAACUGAAUUGGACUUUUUGUUUGACCACAACAAAAAAGACAUAGUUGUACUGAUAUGAUUUGUAUUGCUGUAGAGAAUAUGUGUUGUGUGUUAUUAUAUUUCAGUGUAAAACACACUGCCACUCUUUAUGGUAUGUUUCAGACUAGAGCUGUGCGAUAUUGAAGAAUAAUGCAAUUCCUUGUUAAAUAAUGCAAUAUUUGAUAUGACAGGCCUAUUGCUUUACGUUUUAGAAAUCAAUUUAAAUCAUAUUUGAAAAAUAUUUAAAAACUGAAAAUGAUAUAACAUAUAUAUAUAUAUAUAUAUAUAUAUAUAUAUAUAUAUAUAUAUUUAUGUAUGUAUAUAUAUGUAUGUAUAUAUGUAUGUAUAUAUGUUUUGCUAUGCACCCUCGAUGCACAGGCUUCAAAGCGGAAUUACAUCACGACUAAGAGGAAGACAGCAAAAGUUUAGGGUGUGAUCUUUCUUGGAAAAGAGAUCAUCACUACACCUUCUGAAAGUGACCAUCAGUAUUUUAGCAUUACAUAAAAAGCAAUGUCACAAAUCUGAAUGUAAUUUUAACAUCAAUGUAAACCAAAAAAAAUAUAUAAUUUAUGACACUAUAUAAUUAAUGCAUGAUUCAUCAGAAUUAAACUGCAAUCUGCAAAACUGCGAUUUGGCAAAGACUGCGAUUGUUUUCAUGAGCAGCUUGUCAGUGAAGCACAGCUCUGUGAUCAGUAGUACAUACGGCUCCAUCCGAAGGCCAGAGGGCGCUCUCGUGCUGAAACGCCAAGGGCCAGAUUUAUUAACAGCAAACCAUCUUUUGCCAUUAAAAUAGAACUGUCAGGAUUUACUUGAGACACGCAGUGAAGAAUUAGCACUGAAAAGUUGUAGACACAGUUAUUUUUGUGCCUAACCCUAAUGAAUAUGCAUCUGUAGGAGUUUCUCUUUCAUAAGCAAAAUUUAUGGGAGGAGAGUAUUAAAAUGAAUCACGCGACACAAAUUACUAAUGGUUGUGCUCGUCAAAUUACUGGUAUUUGCUCUAUUAUUUAACGCUCCAAAAAAGCAUGUCUUAAAGCAGAUGCUGAUUUGCGCUGCUCUUGAGAGAUUGUGUUGGGUAUUAUGGAAAUGAUCUGGCUGUGUCUGUGUUCUUUAAUUUGCGCGUAUAAGUAAAUCAUCUGCAGAAAUUUCCAUGCCCAUUGGCGCUGUUUUGAAAUUGUGCUCACGCACUAAUUUACUCUGUUUAGUAAAUAUGGCCCCUAUUUUGCCCCAUCGUGGACACAGUUAUUUUUGUGCCUGACCCUAAUGAAUAUGCAUCUGUAGGACUUUCCCUUUCAGAUACAAAAUAUAGGGAGGAGAGUAUUAAAAUGAAUCAUGCAACACAAAUUACUAAUGGUUGCACUUGUCAAAUUACUGGUAUUUGCUCUAUUAUUUAAUGCUCCAAAAAACGCUCACGCACUAAUUUACCCUGUUUAGUAAAUAUGGCCCCAAUUUUGCCCCACAGAACAAAGAAAACGCAUGUCGUUCCAGGAAAUCCCUAUCGCUGCAGGCCUGCAGCUGAAUAAACAAAAGGGCAUUUGCGGACUUACAAUGGCCACCGUGUACGCCUGUCCAUUAAGUGAACGAGACCAUAGGGUGUCCCAUUCGUCAUUUUAGCUUUCAGAAGGGUGCUCGAUAGUGCCCCCUUUGCAGCCGCUAUGCAUCCUCGACGCACAGGCUUCUACCCCACAGAGGAAAACCACAAGGGUUCAGGUUGCAAUUUGGGACAGGGCUAAUUAACACGCGACUGGCUUUUAAAUUCUUAUUAUAAUUGUUAUCAUAAUAAAAUAUAUUUAUAAUGCAUUGCUAAUCUACAUAGCCUUUAUCACGGCAUAGAAUAUUAUGAAAUAAUGUGUUGCGUUUCUUAUUCUGCGUAAGAAGCCACAUCAUCUCACGGAAGGAUUUUAUUUCAAACACACGACUGACGUUAUGAAGUGAAUUAGGAGUAAAAACCUAAACGUGUAAACGUGUUAUAGCAAGCGAAAUGCAUGCUAUAAGCGAAUUUAGAUUCGUAGUGCUUUCAGGUAACAGAGCCGUGAUUCACUGACAAGCUGCGCGUAACAGUCUUCCCGAUUUCAUAAUUGCGCAUGACGAUUUAAUCAUGAGUUUGAAUUUGUGUAGCCCCACUUAAGACAUAACUGACUGUGUUUAUAUGAAUACGCUACUCGUUAAGACAGGAAUUUUGACAUCUUUGUGAGUGUAAAAAUGCGCGAAAGAAAACUGAAACUUCAGGUGUGUGUCAGACAGCAAGGAGUUGUUUUCUGCAACUUAUUGCAUUUAAUAACUCUUUUUAGCAUCAAGCACAUCACGUAAGUAGCAGAUGUGUGCCCAGUCUAUUCUCUGCUGUAUGCAUCGACCUAAAAACUUUGAAUUUUAACAACGUUUUGACGUAGACUAUUAUUAAAAUAAUUAAGAUAUCGCAUGCUGUUGCGAUAUGCACAUCGCAAUAUGUAAAAUACGAUAUUCCGAUAUAUCGUGCAGCCCUAUUUCUAAAUCACCAUGUGGCAGCUCUCUUUUGGGAGCAAGACUCUAUUUAGUGGCACUUCUGUUUUUCAGAUGCAUGUGAAUGUUUGACUAUUUCUACAUACAAAAACACUCCAGACAUGUUUGUUAAAGAGGUUAAGAUUACUUAAUGCAUUAUGUAGGUUAUCAUGAACUUAUGACAAAUAAUAAUUUUACUGAAUUAAGAUUAUUAUUAAUUUAAUAAUAUACUAUUGUUCAUUUAUAAUUCACAUUCAAUUAAUGUUUGUACUUACUUAAUUAACACUGUGAGUAUUGUUUAUUCUUAGUUCAUGAUACCUAAUGCAUUAGAAAUAAAUGUUAUCGAAUUGAACCUAAAGUAUUACUGUAACAAACCACAGGCAUCCACUAAAUGCAGCUGUAUGGACCCUUUUCACUGAUAACACUAUACUUUGUUUUAUAUUACCGUUUUAAAUGACAGAAAGCUAGUUAACACUGCAACAUGAGUGUUUGUAAUACAACAGCUGAGGGAGAGAUGGUUAAUUUGACAUGCUUCUCUCUUCUGACUGCUGUAGUUAGUCUCUGUAUAUGUAUAUCCUGUUUUGUAAAGUUAUAGAAAUGCUCUUUUGCUAUUGAAGCAAAUGAGAAUGCAAACAUGUGAAGAGGGUCCAUAUGUAUUAGUGUGAAUGUAACCAGAGUCAGUGACCCCAAUAAUUAAUACUGUAUAUGGUUUUCUUGUGUAUUCAGACGCUGCACCAUGUUUUUUGAUGUGUAAUGUAUGUAGUUGUUGUUGACUGGAAAAAUUAUAAGUUUUUUAAAUGAGUCAAAAUAA